GGCCUGCGCCCUCCUGGCCAACGCCCGUGUUGUUGAUCGCGCAGCACACUGACAGAAGACUCCUUCGAGCUCUGCCUUCCACCCCAACGGCCGCUGGACUGACAGGAAAACAGACCAUUGCGCUCGCUGCCGCCGACACGUCACUCGCUUUCACCUCUCGUCGCUGUCUUUCGCGGUCGCACUACGCCUUCCGCCACGGAAUCACCCCUUCGCUCUCCCACUGCCGUUGAGUCGUCCACAGCCGCUCGUAGCCACGCAUAAGCAAGACCAAACCGCAUCCUUCGCAUUGAAAUGGGCUUCGGUGACUUCGACUCGAUAUGCAAGCAGGCAGCCCUCCCGCUAUGUUCGCUGGUCGGGCCGCCGUCGCCCAUCUCCGGCGCCCCGGGCAUACAGGCUGACUGCUACUCGCGGUCUAUUGAGCUCGCCAACACCAUUAUCUUCCAGGGUGCCGUUGACGUCGUGCACAUCGGCGCUCUGAUCAUGACCGUCAUCAUGAUCAUUCAUGUGCGGAGCAAGUACACGGCCGUUGGCCGCAAAGAAAUCACAUCCUUCUUCUACAUUUACAUGCUCCUUACCGUCUUCUCGCUCAUCCUCGACGCCGGAGUGGUCCCCCCUGGCAGCGGUGCUUUCCCCUACUUCACCGCUGCGCAGAACGGCCUUGCCUCCGCCCUGUGCAUGUGCCUCAUGAUCAACGGCUUCGUGGGCUUCCAGCUAUAUGAGGAUGGAACCCCCCUCUCCGUCUGGUUACUGCGCCUUUGCUCUCUCGGCAUGUUCGUUAUAUCUGGCGCCGUCAGUCUAUUCACCUUCAAAGGCUGGGCUGGCUUGAGCCCCACAAGCACGAUGGGUCUGUUUGUGGUCUUGUACAUCUUCAACGCCGUUUUUCUGGCCGUUUAUGUGGUCAUGCAGAUCCUGCUCGUGGUCAACACUCUGCAGGAUCGUUGGCCGCUGGGCGACAUCACCUUUGGCGUCUUUUUCUUUGUCGUGGGACAGGUUAUGGUGUACACGCUGAGCAAGCCUAUUUGUGAAGGCGCCUCGCACUACCUUGACGGCCUGUUCUUGGGCACGAUUUGCAACCUACUCGCAGUCAUGAUGGUAUACAAGUAUUGGGACUCAAUUACAAAGGAAGAUCUUGAGUUUAGCGUUGGCACAAAACAGAACAACUGGGAAGUCAAGGAGCCUUUCCUCGACGAUGAGAAUAGGCGAAACACGAUGUAUCAUGAUGGGCAGUCGGAGUAUUCCAGCAGUCUGUACCAGCAGCCUGUUGCGCAGCACCGCACGACCCACAGCGAUCGUUGGUGAGCCUAACGCAGCUUUUCCUCAUCUCUCUUGCAUUUCAUUUGAGCGGGUGGCGUCAUUCCGAGGGCGAAGUCUGGUAUGUAAAAUGGGGGCGAGAUAUCGACAAUGGGAGACAGAAUCCAGUUUCAGGGUUCGCUUUUUUUUUAAUAGUGGAAGAGUCUAGUGAGCCAUAUUCUAUGGUACACCGCAUCAAUGGAAUGGACGGCGUUCUUUGUUUGGCAUAGUAUAGGUCACAAGUAAUGAGAACCCUCAAAGGGCAGAUUGUGGUCCCUGCAUAAGAUGCAAACAAGUGAUGUCUCGUUCCUCACAUACUUUGAAAC